AGGGUUUCCUUGUCUUUGACUGGAGACCAACUCGCAGAGAGGCGGAUGAUAACAGCAUCCAUUGCUGUUAUUCAGCCUUCACACAUCUCAAUGAACUGCUCGCACAGAAGCCACUGAUCGUGCCUACUGCUUUUUGCAGGGCAGAGAUACUGAUCAGUGUCUAAAAACUGCAUCCAUUUUUUCUUAUGAAAUUAUUUUUUCAUAGACUCUUUUUUUUAAAUUUCUAGGUCUCUGUAGCCUAACUCCUUUCCACCAUGGUGCUAGGAAAGGUAAAGAGCUUCACAGUAAGCUACGACUGUCUCAAUGACAGUAAUGUUCCCGUGUUUUCCAGCGGGGACUGCGUCUCAGGGAGGGUGAUCAUCGAAGUCACGGGAGAAAUCCGUGUGAAAUCUCUCAAAAUCCACGCAAAAGGAUUUGCAAAAGUUCGUUGGACUGAAUCGAGAAAUGCUGGAUCCAACACUGCCUACACGCAAAACUACACGGAAGAAGUGGAAUAUCUAAAUCACAAAGACGUUUUGAUUGGACACGAGAGAGACGAUGACAACUCUGAGGAAGGACUCACCACUAUCCAUUCAGGAAGACAUGAGUAUGCAUUCAGCCUCGAGCUUCCACAGACACCUCUGGCUACCUCUUUCGAAGGGAAGCAUGGCAGUGUGCGCUAUUGGGUAAAGGCAGAACUCCACAGGCCAUGGCUCCUGCCUAUGAAGACCAAGAAGGAAUUUACAGUCUUUGAGCACAUUGACAUCAACACUCCAUUAUUGCUGUCACCACAGGCCGGCACGAAAGACAAGACGCUUUGCUGUUGGUUCUGCACCUCAGGUCCUAUUUCCCUAAGUGCCAAAAUUGAAAGGAAGGGAUACACCCCAGGAGAGUCGAUCCAGAUCUUUGCUGAGAUCGAAAACUGCUCAUCCCGCAUGGUGGUGCCAAAGGCAGCCAUCUACCAGACUCAGACUUUCUAUGCCAAAGGGAAGAUGAAGGAGGUCAAGCAACUGGUGGCCAACCUGAGGGGAGAGUCCCUGUCCUCGGGCAAAACCGAGACCUGGAGUGGCAAAAUGCUGAAGAUCCCACCUGUCUCGCCCUCCAUCCUGGACUGCAGCAUCAUCAGAGUGGAGUACUCCCUCAUGGUGUACGUGGACAUACCUGGGGCAAUAAACCUGUCCCUGAACCUGCCCCUGGUCAUCGGAACCAUCCCUCUCCACCCCUUCGGCUCGCGUACCUCCAGCGUCAGCAGCCAGUGCAGCAUGAGCUGGCUGGGCAUAGGUCUGCCUGAGAGGCCUGAAGCUCCUCCAAGCUAUGCAGAAAUUGUGACGGAUGAGCAGAGGCAGAGCAGUCUGGAUGUCCCAGCAGCCCGCGAGGAGCUGGACGGUCCUCUCUUUGCCUACAUUCAUGAGUUCCGCUUCCAGCCCCCUCCUCUGUACUCUGAGAUCGAUCCUAACCCAGAUCAUGCCAGCCGUACAGAGGAGCGCAGGCUCGACACCUGCCCAUCACGCUGAGGGUAUCCCUUCAAUUCCCCUGACUGAAUUGGGGAUCCCAAAGGAACCUGCCUGCAAGGCUCAGCUUUGUUUAUUUUUCUCCAACAACAGCGUUUGCACAGCACUGUUGACGACAAGAGAAAAACAAAGUAUCCAACCAACCAACAAAGACUUGGACAAAUACCCGCCGUUGAGUUGGGUUGGACAAAUCUGUUCCUGCCUUCCCUCAGUGAGAGAAACAGGAGUCACUAGUUUGGGGUCUCACCUCCUUCCUGUGUCAGCCUGCUGAGGGUGGGAUAUGUACAGAUGAACACGUAUUCAGUCCGUAUGAAAACCCCCACUAGUAGCAAGAACCCUGGUGAUAGUAUUGAUGAUGUCGAGGAAGAAUCACCAAGGCUCUGCCCGCCAAGCUCCUCUUUAACCGUUGAUUCUUCUGUACCCAUGGCACAUAUGGACAUGGCUCCUCACACAAAGGGCAGAACUAAUCAUGUCCAGACUUCAGCAGAAUCACCUUAAGAAAAUGGGAUGAAGAGAGAAAAAUAACAACAACAACAACAACAACAACAACAACAACAACAACAACAAAGUUCUUACCACCAUAGUCUGUAUGAAUGAAAGCGGCAGCAGUCAACAACAGAGCAAAGACUAGGUCCUCCUGCCUCAUUUGGGAUUUUGUUUUGCACAUUUUAUUCUUUACUUGAGUUGUGUGGCUCCGUUUAAUGAGAAAUGAAAAAAAAAAAAAAAUCACUCAUAGUUUGGUUUCAGUCUUGUAAUGCACCAGACUAAGAAUAUGAGACUGCAAGCUUAACUUUGAAGACUUUCAUUUGCAUAACUUUGAGCAACGCAGAGAACAGGAUUUGAUUUUUGGAAAAAAAAAAAAAGAGACUGAAAAGGACAAGAACAAUGCACUGAAUUUCUUUAAGCUGUUCAAGAAAUUUCUUUUUUUCCUUAUGACAUUUCCUCAGUGACUUAUAACAACUAGACUGGACUUUUACAAAAAAAAAAAACAGACAAAAAAAAAAAAAAAAGACUGCAGCACACUAACUCCAUCUGGAAGCUCUUUAAGGUGUUGCCUCCUCAGCUUGGAUCCAAGUGUGGCUUCCCUCCUCUUGAGUUUAGUUCCGUUCUGUUCUUGUAUUUAGCUCCAAUCAUAGAAUAGCUUUUAGCCUUGUUUUGUUGUUGAGAUUGCUCUGGAUUUGGACUAGGGGGGUUGCAGACCUGCAUUUGCCACUCAAAUUGUAGCUGAAAACAGAAAUGUGUGACUGUGUGUGUGUGUGUGUGUGUGUGUGUGCGCGUGUGUGCGUGCGUGAUGGAAGGUGGUACAUUGUGGAGGGACUCGCCUCACCCUAAUUGCCUGCAGCCCCUCUACUCCUAAUCUCAGGGCAAGCCAGGCUUGCAUAACUGCCCAAAAAGCACUGUCUCAGGUGGUCUUCUCACUUGCCAAACGGUUGGAAAAAAAAGAGAAAAAAAUGUUAGGGGUUUUUUUUUUUUUUUUUUUUAAUUGCACUGUUAAAAAAUAAUGAAGUUUUUAUUUUAAACUACCAAAACGAGAGAAAAGACCUGCAGAGAUGCAAGGCAGCUUUCUGAGAUGAAUCACAUUCCCUUUUUGUCCUGCUGCACUUGCCCAGUUCAUCCAACCAAACAGUUAGAUUUGACCAGACCAGUGAAGCCAGAAUGCUAACUUAUAAUAAAAAAAUAAAGGUAAAAGAGGAAUGACACUGCUUCUGUAUUAAAGGAGCAAAUCCAGCACAAACAAAAAGCUGGAGACGUUGCUAAACUUCUGUUCAGACUGGUCAGAACAAGUAGUAGUAGGUUGACAUGAGUAAUACAUUGGUUUUCUAACUCAUUCAACGUAAUAGACCAGUUGUAACAGAAGUUUGACAUAGUCAGGAAAAAAAAAGAUGAGCAGCACUUUUUUAUAAGAAAAAAAGAAAAAACAAAAAGCAUUCAGUGGUGAAGGUCUGGGGAUAAAACAUUUGGUACUAACAUGUUAUUACUAGAGAAUUUUUCAGUAAAGCAGUGAUGUGUAGGACAUUUAUGCAUUAUUUAAUCUUUUGAGGUUAGUGACUUUUUUUAAAAGUUUACAUUUUAAACGUAGCUGACACAAAUUUGUAUGUGUUGUGUGUACGUGUGAGUGUGUGCGUGUGUGUGCGUGUGUGUGUGUGCGUGCACGCUCUUAUCGAGAUCCAGCUGGCAACUAAAUAUAUACAGCUUCUGACAGUAAUCAACGAACUGCAGAUCAUUUAAGUGAUCUUAUCUUAGUGGCCUUGACACAGAAAAGACCUGAUCAUGAUUCUUCAUUUUUCAGCGUCUAUGUUGACUCUUUUUCUCCUUUUUAAUUUUGUUUUUGUUUGUACACAUCUGUAUGUUUUAAAUCUUUCCAUGUUUAUUCAAAGAGGACAAAAAGGGAAGAGAGAAAAAAAAAAAAGUGUAUUAAGAAACGACAUCCUGGACAGGCCUCUCGAUUCUGUUGUUUUUCUGAAGCUGAUGAGGGUUAACUAUAAUUUUUUCCAUGUAUUUCUGGGCAUUGAUGUAGUUUUGCUUCCUAGUUUAAUAAGCAACAUUACUGAGUUUGUAGUCUCCCUGACCUCUCUUGAUCCCCCUCAGGCCUGGGGGUGGCAGCUGUUGAUCAGCACCCUUCCCCCAUCUGAGAAACAUUUUAGUUAACAUGGGAUAGCAGACUCCUCCACGGUAAACUCACGUUCUAUCCUGUUAUGUUUCUUUGCAGUUCUUUGUUUGGAUUUUAUCUUAGGGAAACCGAAUCAAGCUACACGGUAAUGAAUAAGCUUACAUAUUUGUUUCAGGUUGGUCAAUUCCAUAGUCCAUUUGCUUGGGUCUCUGAGUAGUCCAGUGUCAAAACUAAGCUAAACUCCUGACUUUAUAAAGGCAGGAACUGAAAUGUUCAGAGAAAAAGUACCAGGAGACGGGAUCUGAAACAUUUUAGAAACAAAGUGCAAUAUCACUCACUGAAUUUUCUUUAUUCUCCAUUUGUAUGUCUUGUUUUUAUCUUUUUUUGUCUGUUAAUCAUGACGAUGUAUAGAUAUUCUAUGAAUAUACUAUGUUCUGAAUGAUUUAACCUUUUGUCUAGUUCUUCCUUUUGAUUUGAAUAAACACUUUGUUCUAAAUUACA